UAAUUGUUAUACAGGGUAUUAGUAUAGGGGAGUAGAGACACAGCCGAUGAUUAGGGCCUUGUACAAAAUUGAUGUAGAAUAAUGUCGGUGAUAUAUGUUUGUGCAAUUAAUAAAUAACAAUCCGACAUCAUCCGUUUAUUUCCAACGACCCAACAAAUAUAACAGUGGCGACGAGGACGAAAAAUACGAAUCUACGUUAAUACAUAUACAUUUUACAAGAUCACGUUCGGUGCGUUCCAAAAGUAAGGUUAAGGGCAUACACAUUGAAAAAGAAUUUACAUAAGUCAUGACUACGACCACAAGUUCAACGGCUACGACAAAUACAACUACAAGCCCAAUGGCUACUACGGAAAGUUCUGGGACUACACUUACAUCUUCUAUCCAAGAACCGAUUUCACAUGCCGUACAUACAGUAUUCUCCAUUGAAACGUACGAUACAACUAAAAACUUUGAUAGAUGGUUAAUGAGGUUGGAGAGCGCAUUUAGUGUGUUCGGAGUACCAAGGAAUAAGCAAGCACCAUACCUUUUACAUUACAUGGGUCCAGACGCAUAUGACGUUUUGUGUGACAAAUUAUCACCAGAAGUACCAGUACAAAAAACUUACGAAGAGUUGGUGAAUUAUAUGAAAACUCAUUAUAAUCCGGAACCAUUGGAGAUAGCGGAGAUAUUUCGAUUUCUACAGAGAAGACAGCACGAAGGCGAAAGUACACAAGAUUUUUUAACAUCCUUGCAAAAGUUAGCGACCAAGUGCAAUUACGGAACAUAUCUUAAGAAGGCACUACGUAAUCAGUUUGUCUUUGGACUGCGGAACCAAGCAAUACAAAGUCGUUUAUUGGAACAUAAGGAUUUAACCGUAGAAAAGGCAGUAGAAGUUGCGAAGAGUAUGGAGGUGUCUCAAAGAGACGCAGCUCAACUACACAAUGCUCACCGUGGGACAGUACAAUCCAUUACACCAGCAUAUAAAAACUCUAAGUUUUCAAAAAGUGGAAAUUUUGUGUGGCGAUAGUAAUCAUGUAGCAUCUAAAUGCAGAAAGAAGAAGCUCUAUUGCAGUCUUUGUAAAGGGCAAGGUCACGUAAGCAAAGUAUGUAUGAAAGUAAGGCAACAGAAACAACAGGCGAAUCAGGUAGAAGAAAUUUUCACAUUACAAACUGAACAUACUACAUUUAGAGAAAAAUUCUUGUUAACGCUAAAAUUAAAUGGUACACUAGUUGAAUUUGAAGUUGAUAGUGGAGCUGCAGUGAGUAUAAUUAAUGUAACUCAAUUUAAACAAUUAUUCCCCAAUAUUCAAGUAGAAAAUACAAACUUACAAUUAGUCACUUACUGUAAAAGAGAAUUGGACGUUGUAGGAUUUGUAUCGGUAACUGUUACAUACAACACUGUACAGAAAAUUUUGAAUUUAUACAUAGUUAAGUCUGAUAGAAAACCGUUACUUGGUAGGGAAUGGAUAAGACAAUUACAAUUAGAUCUAGCAACUAUUUCUCAUGUAUCUCUAGAAACAUGCCCCAAUACAUUAGAUAAAGUGAUACAAAAAUAUCAGUCAGUUUUUGAGCAAAAUAUGGGAAAAAUUAAACAUUUGCAGGCAAAGUUACAAGUGAAAGAAGGUGCAACACCGAUUUUUGUUAAAGCUCGUAAAGUUCCUUAUGCACUUCUACCCAAAGUAGAAGAAGAAUUACAAAUAUUGGAGAAAGAGGGAGUGUUAAUUAAAGUAAAUACGUCAGAAUGGGCAACACCUAUUGUCCCAGUUGUAAAAUCUAAUGGUAGAAUUAGGAUUUGUGGAGAUUUCAAAAUUACACUUAAUAAAAAUUUAAUUGUAGACGAGCAUCCCUUACCAACAGUAGAAGAAUUAUUUUUGAGUUUAGCUGGGGGAGAUAAGUUCACAAAACUUGAUUUACAACAAGCGUACUUACAGUUAGAAGUAUGUCCCGAAGAUAGAAAAUAUCUAACACUAAGUACUCCAAAAGGGCUUUACCAAAGUACUAGGCUAAUGUUUGGUAUAGCUAGUGCACCAGCCAUAUGGCAACGCACAAUAGAAACAAUACUACAAGAUAUUGACGGGGUUACAGUCUUUUUAGACGAUAUUAAAAUUACAGCACCUAAUAAUACUAUACAUUUUCAGCGAUUAGAGUUAGUACUAGGUAGAUUAGCAAAGUAUAAUAUACGGGUAAACCUUUCAAAAUGUGAAUUUCUUAAAGAUAAAAUUGAGUAUUGCGGUUAUGUAAUUGAUAAAGUGGGUAUACAUAAAUCUAAGGCAAAAAUUGAAGCAAUACAGAAAGUAAAGAUUCCUACCAAUAAAACCGAAUUACGUGCAUUUGCAGGGUUAGUAAAUUAUUACGGUCGAUUCAUGCAGAACUUAAGUUCUACAUUGCAUCCAUUAUAUAAAUUGUUAAAAAAAGAUAUACCUUUUAAAUGGAAUAAGGAGUGUCAAAAAGCUUUUGAAAUUGUGAAAUCACAAAUACAAUCACCUAAAGUUUUAGUUCAUUUUGACCCAAAACUACCAUUGGUGUUAGCUACAGAUGCCAGCCCGUACGCAGUAGGGGCUGUACUAUCACAUACAUUUCCAGACGGAUCUGAACGACCAAUUUGUUUUGCAUCACAAACUUUAACAACAGUACAGCAAAAAUACGCCCAAAUUGACAAGGAGGCAUACAGUAUCGUAUAUGGAGUAAAAAAAUUCUUUUAUUACUUGUUUGGAAGAAACUUUACACUAUAUACAGACCAUAAACCUCUAGUACAUAUUUUUUCACCAGUAGCAAGUUUACCAUCUUUGACUGCCACAAGAAUGCAGCAUUAUGCACUCUUUUUACAGGGAUUUAAAUACAAUAUUAAAUA